UCAGUACUGCACGAGCUAGCGACGCGUCAAGAUCCGAAUUCCGUUAACAGACUCACAAACUCUUACACUGCGCGAUAUACCGUUACAAUUGUGCUUGGAUCGAAAUCGAACAACACUAAUACCAACCAUAAAACACACACACACAACCCCACCGAGUUUUCUCCUUACCAUUUCCAGUGAGCAGCCGCAACAACAACAACAGCAACAACUGCGUUUUUGGAGUUUUGGAAAACAAAAAACUAAUUGGAAAUGCAGUACUCGAGCAGUUCGGAAAAUUACUCAUCCACGUCAAGGGACAACAAGCCCUCGAAAUGGGGCAGGAGCGACAAGAACAACUAUGCCUAUAAGAAGUCCUCCUAUCAAUACUCAAGCUCUGGCGACAACAGUUUGUCCUAUCAGAACAAGACCCCUGACCAGAACAUCGAUCAGUUAGAUGCCUUGCUGGAGGAUCUGAAGCAAGAGCGCCAGAUCAGCACCAGAGAUCGAGAUCUAUUACCCAGCAAUGGCACAUCCUAUAGAACGCUUGAACGCACUGAUCCUUCGGGCACUGUGACAAGAACCACGCGUGUGGUUAAGACCACCAAACACUCGGGCUCUGGUGGCCAGCAGCCCUUCAUCGACGAUGUGGAGACCUUCAAUCCCACCGAUUACAGCACUCUGCAGUCCACGGCCAAGUAUUCCAGCCUGAAGCGCGAUGAAUACCAGACCAAGGAGAAGCCCUAUACGCUGGCCCACUCACCCGUCGGUGGUCAGUACGAGAGCAAGAAGAUCUAUGAGAGCAACCGCACCAUUAACAACAACGUGGAGCUGCUGCCUGGAACCACCACUAGCACUAUCCAGACUCUGAACAGCGGCACUACCAUCGACAAGGAGCUGCAGGACAUCGCCUUGAGCGAUGGCAUUUUGCCUGCUCCGGGCACUAAGGUGACCACCACUGUGCGGACCUACACCUACGAGAUCCCGGCCACUGGACCUGGCAGCAACACUAGCACCAUUAACCGCACUCACACCAACACGCUCAACAACUCGAAUACGCUGAGCAGCAGCUACAAGCUCCACGAGAGCCACAACACCUCCAGCCAGAACUUCUCGCAGCUGUCGCCUAUCCCGAAUGCGCAUCCGUUGCAUGUGCCUCAGACUGUUGUCUACAACACGGAGAGCUACUCCACGCUGAACAAGCCCAAUGAUCGUCCCUUGGUCAGCAACCAGUCCUACGAGAUCCGGGAGCACAAGGAGACCACCACACGUGGCGUGAGCCCACAGCCGCGUCAGUUGCCCCUGGGAUCGGGUCCAGCGGGUACACCGCCCGGCAAUCGUACCGUCAUCUAUAAUAUCCACAAGACGGAUCAUGUGAACACUAUCAAUGAGUUGCCGCCAACGCAGCAGCCACGCUAUCCGCCGCACAGUCCGGCUCACAGUCCCAACUACGGCGGACCGCACAGCCCUCCAUUGCAGCCGGGAGUGAAUCGCUAUUACUACAAGGAAACGGAGACAUCAAAUACGGUCAACAGCAUCCAUGGACCACCGAACGGUGUGGGACCCUAUGAGCCUGGUCUGCCUCAAUCCGCUCCGCUCAAGCAGCUGCCACCCAACAAUGCGUAUCCACAGUCGCCCAAUGGAAAUGGAUAUCCCCCAAAUACAUCCACGUACAGCUACAAAUACUCCUCGACCACCAACACGAACAACCGACGUGGUCCGGACUAUGGCUCACCAUCGCCAUUCCCCGUGGAUGGUGUCGAAUAUCCGGUGAACGGCAAUCCUCCACAGCGCGUGGAUGAUCUGAUGCAGUCCUUCUCCACUACCACCGACCAUGUGGAUCGCGGGGAUAUCGAGACGCCGGUUCGUAAGCGUGAAAUCGAAACCGCAGUGGCCUCGCCCAACCAGCAGCAUGUGCCGUCGGUUAACAAGGCCGGCAAGGAGGUGUACUAUCCCCCCGGACACGACACCAUUGUGAUGAAGCGCGAGGAGAUGCAUGCUGGCUCCGCUUCUGGGGGUCGCUGGGCCAAGGGCUCUGGAAUGUACGAGUACGAGUCCGGCUCGAAGUCAAAGACGAAAACCAAGUCCGGUGGCGCCGUGGUGCCCGUGUGCCUGCCCCUCUGCUGUGCCAUGCCCUGCUCCAUCAUGUAGAGAGAUCAUAUCGUAACUUGUACAUAGGUUUUCUAAUAAUCUAACGCUAAAUCCUGCCCUGCUCUAAUUGCUCUCUACUAUACAUGUCGUCUAACUUCUAUUGGGUAUUUGUUUAGCCUGCCAAUUGGUUGCGUAAAUUCUACAAUUGUGUGUGUCUAUAUCUAUAUGUUACGUACGUUAUUGUCUAUGUAUAUAAUUUGUGAAGCCCGCGUUGUUGUUUUUAUACUUAUUUUCCGGAUCCGGUUUUGCAAAUUUCUUUGCUCAAGCAUUUACACGAUGCCCAGUAAAUAUUCCCAGAAAAGUUA